CUGCUUUUGCUCGUUUCUCUUUCUUUUUUUUUGGGCUCCCACUAUCUUAUAUAUAUGUCCUACAUGUGCAUCUGCAUAUCACUUAUUGAUUGACUCUUGACAGGGUUACUAUUUACUUACUGCCUAUUUACCUAAUUUCUAUCCCACAACAUACAAUACAACACAACCAACCACCACCACCUUUCAUACAACAUCUAUACCACAACCAUCCUCACCAUCAUCAACCUCAAACCACAACCACCUCUCCCAAAACCAUCACAACUACUAAGACACAAGAAUAAUGUCACCCACCCUCACCCGGCCCACACCAACCACCCUCCUCACCCCCUCCACAACAACCACAACAACGUCCUCAUCCUCCUCAUCCACCUCCCCAACAACCUUCUCCCAGGACAUCUCCCGCGCUAUCCUCUCCGCCUCAUCACACAUUCCCAAAGCUGUCGUCGAUCCUACUUCCACCACUACUAGUGCUCCCUGUCACACAGAGAAGAAUACCCUCGAGUGGGAGUUUCCUCUGCCGCCUCCGCCGCCGCCUUCGCCCGUUGAGAUGAGAAGGUUUUGGGCUUAGUGCUUUUCAGGGAUGUGGAUAUUUGGGGGAUGGGGAAGGGAUUGAAUGGGGGUGGUGAUGAUGGAUGGAUGGAUGGGCUGGGAUAUCUAGCGGGAUUGUGUUGUUUCUGCGCUGGACUUGGUUGCGUUUCGUUUGGGAAUAUUGGCUUGGAUUUGGGAUGGGGUUCAGCGUUUGGAUUUGGGUUGGGUAUUGGUUUUAUUAUAUCGUUUCUUGAUUGGGUUGUUGAUUGGGGUUAUUUGGGAUGGAUAGACUUGGUACUUGAUGGGAAAUGUGAGAGAUAGCUGCUAGCUAUCUAGCAGCUGGGAGGAUUUGUAUACCAACUAGUAUACAUAUUAUCAUUACCAUUGAUCGUGGUGAUCAGUGAAUUCAUCA